CUACAUCUCCAGGCACUGGCUGUGAAUGAGCAAGUUGGAAAGGCCCGUGUACCGGCAGGGAAGGGCUCACACUGCUGGCAGCACUUGUGCAUAGUUUAUAUCCGGAGCGGAGCUUUGUGACUCACAAAUUAGCAUUCUCCCCAGACAAUUGGAGGGAAUCGUCACAGCGCGAGCAUGUGCAUGGAUUGCCACAUGGGGUAGUCAGUCGCUACAUCCACGGGGAGUGACAGAUCGCCACACCGUCGCUACAGCGGGCCGUGUGUGUGUGCUCGCCACAGUUGGAAAUAUUGCCACUUGUGAGCUGGGGGAGGUAUCGACGUCAGAUCGGGGAUCGAAGGCUCGACCAAGACAAUCGGGGAUUAUUCUCAUUACCGGCUACCGAGAGGGAGGCGGCUCGGGGUUGCCACGGAGAGGGUUACCACGGUUACUGCGGGUUUGUGGCAGGAGCGGGGACACCGGCGUGUUUGCGAGGUAAACAAGGAGAAUUUUCCUGUUUGUGACCCCGGAAUUCCUGUGGAAUUUUUGGCGUAGUCUGCGUGGGUGUUUGGAAUGGAUGAGUGCCCCAUGGAAUACCGAGCUGGGUUUUGAUUAAACAAAUGGGCCUGGAGCGGCUUGGAGGGGAAUAGCUGCCUGAUUAAACCCCAGCCACGGAACCAGGGUAACAUUAAAGUUUCAUACUCGUCAUGCAGGGCCACGCAAGGUGACAGGAAGAAUCGUUUCCCUGUGGGCCAUAACUAGGAAACAACGUUUAUAGAUAGGGUAACAACAACUGUUAUAGCUAGGGUGACAACUGUUAUAGCUAGGGCGACAACUGCCAUGCACUAGACUGCACAUUCAGUCCAUGAAAUAAUCAUUUAGAUUGCCACCACAUUAUGUAAAUGGCAUAAUGAGAUCAAUGAUAAGGCCUGCAUUUGUCCUCCCCCCAUUGUAACUUCCCUCGUAACCAGGCUAAAACCUCUGUACAGUUUUCUACUCUGUAAGAAAGGAAAGUUUUUCUCAAAGGCAAGUCAGAUUUUGUACGAAAGCCUGGAAAAUCUGUUUCUUUGCAAGAAAAGCCAGUUUUUGUAAACAAAAGGAAACAGGCCAGUUUCCUGGAAGACAAAGUUGCAAGGAUUUCAGGUUUGUAAUUGUAUCCGCCGCUGCCAUGAUGGAAGGUGGCUCGCCCAACCACGAUGUGCCUAAACCCUCGGAUAUUAACGUGUUUGCUGCAAGUGCUUCUAUGCAUGGGCUGCCCCAUAUCUUCACAGAAGGCAGGUUUACGGUCAGGAGAAUACUGUGGGCCGGGGUGUUCUGCGGCUGCGUGGCGGUUUUGCUCGUGCAGACUGCAGACCGCGUGCAGUACUACCUCUCCAACCCGCACGCCACCAAGCUCGACGAACUCACGGCCGUAAACGGACUCAACUUCCCCGCCGUGACCAUCUGUAACAUGAACAGCUUCCGGUUCGGCCAGGUCAAUCAACAGGACCUAUUCUAUGCCGGCCCCGACAUCUUAGACCUGAUCGACCACACGUUACCCAGGCCCAGGCUCAAGAUCAGCGAAGAGUUCUUAAACCACAUGGACCAGAACCCCUCCGACCACCAGGAGAUGCGACAGAAAAUGGAGCGCAUUCGCGAGCUCACCAACUUCGACGGAUUUACGCCGGGAAAGUUCAGUAUGUUUGACUUCUACGAUAGGACAGGCCACCAAAUCGAGGAUAUGCUGCUGGAUUGCAAGUACAAGGGCGAGCCCUGCAGCGCCAAGAACUUCUCAACUGUGUUCACCAGGUAUGGGAAGUGCUAUACCUUUAACUCCGGGAGUCCGAACCAGCCCGUGCUGAAAACGCUGAAGGGCGGGAUCGGAAACGGGGUGGAGUUUUUCCUGGACGUCCAGCAGGAGGACUAUAUGCCGGCGUGGGGAGAGUCAGAUGAGGUAACGUUUGAGGUUGGGCUGAAGGUGCAGUUACACACGCAGGAGGAGCCGCCCUUCAUACAUGAAUUGGGGUUUGGCGUGGGGCCGGGCAUGCAGUAUUUCCUUAUGACCCAAGAACAGAGGAUCACCUACCUGCCGGCUCCGUGGGGUCAGUGUAAGGCAGAGAACGACCUGACCUUUGACUUUGCCAAGUACACGACGUCGGCCUGUCGAAUCGACUGUGAGACCAAGUUUGUGGUGAGCCAGUGUGGAUGCAAGAUGGUGCACAUGCCAGGAAAUUUCCCCAUCUGCACUCCGGAUGUUUAUGUGGAGUGUGCUGAUCAAGCUCUUGAUUUUCUGGUGAAGUCAGACAACAAAAAGUGUGUGUGUGACACGCCCUGCAACACGACGCGCUACAACCUGUUUAUGUCUCAUGUCAAGUUCCCCAGCGAGCAAGCCGUCAAAUAUCUGGCUAGAAAGUACGGCAAGCCUGAAGACUACUUCAGGAAAAACACCCUGGUUUUGAACGUCUUCUUCGAAGCGCUGAACUAUGAAACAAUCGAGCAGCAAAAGGCGUACGAGGUUGCGUCCCUCCUCGGUGACAUUGGUGGCCAAAUGGGUCUGUUCAUAGGUGCCAGUAUCCUGACCAUUCUGGAGCUCUUUGACUACCUCUAUGAGGUACUGAAAGACAAGUGCACCGAGCGCCGCCACCAGCCGCGCUCCGAGUCCAACGCUGUGUCGGUGAACCUGGAGGACUGCAAACGGGACAACAGCCGGGCUCCGCUCAGCUAAACAGGACGACAGCAGCACAACAACAGGAUAACGGCCCGAGGGUCGAGUCAAAACAGGGCUUCUAUAGUCUACAACCAAGCUGAAGUAAUAAUACGAAUAAGCCUUCGCAUAGCAAGAACAUGAUAUAACCUAACCCUGUACGAAAUAGGCAACGUUAUAACAACACUUAUCUUAAUCACGGACGGUUGCUAUGGCAACGGUUGCUACGGCAAGGGCAGUUUUUGAACAUUUGGGAAGGAUCUGAAGAAAAUGCUCUUUUCUUGCAACCUACUUCAGAUGGAAAGGGGAGACUGGAAAAGUGGGGACUUUUGAAGAAGUUUGAAUAGAAAAAUACUUAUUGAUUGAUUGAC